CUAGAUCUUCUAUUUCAUUCACCGAGAUCUAUCGAAGAGAAGCAAGCAAAUCUGUGUUUCAGAAACAACAAAACCUCUCUCUCUCUCAAACUCACUGAUUCGUGUGUGUUGUGUUCUGAUGGAGAUCGAUGACAACUUUGUUAUAUUUGAUUGCAAACCCGGUAGUAAUAAUUUGAUCUUCGGAGGAGCCAUAGUCUUGUCUCAGACGCUGGGUGAUAGUUUGGCUUUCGGUAAUAUCGAUUUUGAGCGCAACUACAAGGCGAUCCACUCCAUGCUCAACAAUAGAAUGUGGAUGGUUCAUGACAAAGUCAAUUGUGCAAGGUUGACUUACGGAUGUAAUAAAAUUGGAAAACCACCUCCCACUCCCACAUCUGUAAUUGAUACAUCUCUCUUCACGUCGUCCAAAACGAAGCUGGGCCGAGCUGCUGUAAUGUUCGGUUUGGGUAAUGGUCCUAAUGGAUAUGAAUCGAACCUUUCUGCUAUCUUGGCAUGUACAGAGAUCAUGUCAAAGUUGGAUGUGCCAAUGGAGACUUUAAAUGAUACAGUCCAUCCUAUGAUUUAUUAUCUCAUGCAAUAUAACGAUCAGAUGAAUGAUGAGGUCAGAGCCCGCUAUUUUAACGAGGCCGAGUAUCCAUCACUCAACAAGAUUGACGAUAUACCAAUCAUGAUGUUGGUGGACGAUGUGCUAACGACACGCAAGGCUGAGUUCAAGAAACUCUACUCUGAGCGACAGAAACAAAAGGAGGAUGAUGAUGAUGACGACGACAACCACUUCGUCGUCGGCGGCAAAGCGGUAGUGAAACCCAAGGAACUCUACAUUGCGGGACUGAAAUACCUAAAGACUGGGAGCCUGCUGCGUCCGGUGUAUCACGAUUACAAUAACAUUCUAUCUCGUAAUGAUGAUGAUGAUGAUGAUGAUGAUGAUGAUGACGACGAUGAUGUUGAUGAUGAUGUUGUUGAUGAUGACGACGACGACGACUUCGUCGUCGGCGGCAAAGCGGUAGUGAAACCCAAGGAACUCUACUCUGAGCGACAGAAACAAAAGGAUGAUGAUGAUGAUGAUGACGACGACAACCACAACCACUUCGUCGUCGGCGGCAAAGCGGUAGUGAAACCCAAGGAACUCUACAUUGCGGGACUGAAAUACCUAAAGACUGGGAGCAUGCUGCGUCCGGUGUAUCACGAUUACAAUAACAUUCUAUCUCGUAAGGAUGAUGAUGAUGAUGAGGAUUCUGACAAUGACCAAGACCAGGAUAUGAUGAACGAUGACGACUAAGUAGGCGUGGGUUGCUUCAUUGAUCAUCUUGUAUGGAUUUCAUGUUUGUUAGUGUUUUAAACACAAGCUUUUCGCAGAGUUUCUAUGUGUGUGUGGACCUUUUGUUUUUCUAUCCAACUUAAACCUUAGUUUGAAAUCCAAGAUAUUAUAUUAGAUGAAAUCGAGAUAUUUUCUCGUAGUUUGGGAACUUUUUUGUUGAAACUUGAAACACUACAUCGUAGGUUUGUUUAUGUAAAGCUCUGCAUUGAUCCCAAGCAUAUGAUUGAGUUACAAAAGUAGUUUUAAUUUGGAAAAUAUUGAUUGUUUUCUACAGUUGAUUGACUCUUUAGAAGGAUCUUUAUGGUUUUAGAUUAGGUUUGACCGGUCCAGAAAUCUUUAGGAUCUCAUGCUUCUUAUUACUGAUUGUGAUUGGAAUAGGAAUAAACAUUAUUUUGAUUG